GAAGGAGCCCAUAAGAAGAGAUUACUUCCCAAACUAAGAAGGAUGGAGAAGGCUGCUGAGCAAGUGACAUUUGUGCUAGGCCUAGAUGAUAUUUUAAGUGUGGAAUAUGGACAGAAGACAUUUCAGGUAUAUCUUCUGUGUCUCUGGAGACUUUGUUAAAGUUUACAGCACAGUUACAGAAGAGUGUGUACACAUACUACAUGGACACAGAAAUCUGGUGACUGGAAUCCAACUUAACCCCAACAACCAUCUACAGCUAUAUUCUUCUUCCCUUGAUGGCACAAUUAAACUGUGGGACUAUAUAGAUGGCAUCUUAAUAAAGACUUUCACAGUUGGAUGUAAACUUCAUGCCCUCUUUACUGUUGCCCAAGCUGAGGAUUCUGUCUUUGCUAUAGUAAAUAAAGAAAAACCAGAUAUAUUUCAGCUGGUUUCAGUGAAACUGCCAAAAUCAUCAAGCCAGGAAGUAGAAGCCAAGGAGCUGUCCUUUGUUUUGGAUUACAUAAACCAGUCACCCAAGUGCAUUGCCUUUGGAAACGAGGGAGUAUAUGUUGCUGCAGUACGGGAAUUUUACUUGUCUGUUUAUUUUUUCAAAAAGAAAACAACAUCAAGGUUUACUUUAUCAUCAUCAAGAAAUAAGAAGCAUGCUAAGAACAAUUUUACAUGUGUAGCAUGUCACCCAACAGAAGACUGCAUCGCAUCUGGUCACAUGGAUGGCAAAAUUCGUCUUUGGAGGAAUUUUUAUGAUGAUAAGAAAUAUACAUACACAUGUUUACAUUGGCACCAUGAUAUGGUUAUGGAUUUGGCAUUUUCAGUGACAGGCACCAGCCUGCUGAGUGGCGGUCGUGAAUCCGUACUUGUAGAGUGGCGCGAUGCAACAGAGAAGAAUAAGGAGUUUCUCCCACGUUUAGGAGCUACUAUUGAACAUAUCUCAGUCUCACCUGCAGGAGAUUUAUUCUGCACUUCUCACUCUGAUAAUAAGAUAAUAAUUAUUCACCGAAACCUUGAGGCAUCCGCAGUAAUUCAAGGCCUAGUGAAAGAUAGGAGUAUCUUCACUGGUUUGAUGAUUGAUCCAAGAACUAAAGCUUUGGUUUUGAAUGGAAAGCCUGGCCACUUGCAGUUUUAUUCUCUCCAGAGUGAUAAGCAGUUAUACAAUUUAGAUAUUAUACAGCAAGAAUAUAUUAAUGAUUAUGGUCUGAUCCAAAUUGAACUAACAAAGGCUGCAUUUGGCUGCUUUGGUAACUGGCUUGCAACAGUGGAACAGCGGCAAGAAAAGGAAACUGAGCUUGAAUUGCAGAUGAAACUGUGGAUGUAUAAUAAGAAAACACAAGGGUUUAUCCUUAACACUAAGAUUAACAUGCCACACGAAGACUGCAUUACAGCUCUCUGUUUCUGCAAUGCGGAAAAAUCUGAACAGCCCACCUUGGUUACAGCUAGCAAAGAUGGUUACUUCAAAGUGUGGAUAUUAACAGAUGACUCUGAUAUAUACAAAAAAGCUGUUGGCUGGACCUGUGACUUUGUUGGUAGUUAUCACAAAUAUCAAGCAACUAACUGUUGUUUCUCCGAAGAUGGUUCUUUACUAGCCGUUAGUUUUGAGGAAAUAGUCACAAUAUGGGAUUCCAUAACAUGGGAACUUAAAUGUACAUUUUGCCAACGAGCUGGGAAAAUAAGGCACCUUUGCUUUGGGAGAUUGACAUGUUCAAAGUAUCUACUUGGUGCUACUGAAAAUGGCAUUCUUUGCUGUUGGAAUCUGCUGAGUUGUGCAUUGGAGUGGAAUGCAAAAUUAAAUGUUAGAGUUAUGGAACCUGAUCCUAAUUCAGAGAAUAUUGCAGCAAUCUCUCAGUCUUCAGUGGGUUCAGACUUGUUUGUAUUUAAACCUAGUGAGCCAAGGCCAUUGUAUAUUCAAAAGGGUAUCUCCAGAGAGGAAGUCCAGUGGGGAGUGUUUGUUCCACGAGAUGUCCCUGAAUCUUUCACCUCAGAAGCUUACCAGUGGCUAAAUAGAUCCCAGUUUUACUUCCUAACAAAAUCACAGAGUUUAUUGACAUUCAGUACAAAGUCUCCAGAAGAAAAACUCACACCAACAAGCAAACAGCUGCUAGCAGAAGAAAGUCUUCCCACAACCCCAUUUUAUUUCAUAUUGGGAAAACACAGGCAACUGCAGGAUGAAAAAUUAAAUGAAACUUUAGAGAAUGAGCUGGUACAACUACCCUUAACAGAAAACAUACCUGCAGUUAGUGAGCUUCUUCACACUCCAGCCCAUGUCCUGCCAUCUGCUGCUUUCCUGUGCUCCAUGUUUGUAAAUUCAUUGCUGCUGUCUAAAGAGACUAAGAGUGCUAAAGAAAUUCCUGAAGAUGUAGAUAUGGAAGAAGAAAAAGAAAGUGAAGAUUCAGACGAAGAAAAUGAUUUUAUCGAAAAGGUCCAGGAUACAAAUAACACAGGUUUAGGAGAGGACAUUAUACAUCAGUUGUCAAAAUCUGAAGAAAAAGAACUGAGAAAAUUUAGGAAAAUAGACUACAGCUGGAUAGCUGCCCUUUAGGCCUUGGAGAUGGGGAGGAUUCUUGGACUUUGUGUGUCUGAUUGUAUGUUGAUAUUCCAAAAACAUCUAUUUUAAUGUUAUUUCUGUUCUAAAAACAAGAUAAUAAAUAUUAAGCUUUGCUUUUUAAAAAAAACAUAAUAUGAACAUGGAUUUGCAUCAUGCUUUAGAGUUACUGGAUCAUUGGUAUACCACAUCAUCUCAUUUUUUUAUUUUGAGUCACACGUCAGCCUUAUAAAACAAGUAGGUAUUUUCUUCACAGGUGAUACAGGAGAACUGAGACUUGAACUGUACAGCAUAUGUCCCCUUAGCUGCAGUUUGGAGAUACGAAAAGUUUUGAAAAUUAAAAGUCUUUGUUGAUAUAAUUGUCUUAAGUUUAACACUGAAAUUCAUUUGGUGGCCAAAUAUGACCUGAGCUGGAGUGAGGUUUCUUUAGUCCUGAUUUAUUCCUCUUAGUGUAUUUAUUUCUCUUAGAGAAAUUUAGAGACAAGUUGAUUAUGUGGUGUUCCACAAACCUCACUGAGGGUAUUAUGUAGUAACAUGGGCUGCCUAAAAUUCUGAAUUCAGAUCAUCUGGCCCAAAGUCCCGUUGCUAGUAGAAAACGAUCCAAAUCCCCUGUUUCAUGUUAAAGCAGUGACGCUACUACAUCUUAACCACCUAGCAUUUUGAGUUUUCCACUUACCUAACGUACCUCUGUAAAAUUUAUAUUUACAAGCACAAAAAACAAAGUGUUUGUAAGAGCACAUCUCAAUGAAUGUUCACAAAAAUUGCUGCAAAUGGCUUUUUAGUUUGUGCUGUAGACCAAAUGUUUGUGCACCCCCUAAAAUUCAAAUGUUGGAAUCUAAUCCUCAAUGUGGUAUUUGGAGAUGGGGCCUUUAGGAGAUGAUUAGGUCAUGAGACGGGAGCCUUUGUGAAUAGAAUAAAUGCCAUUAUAAAAGAGAUUCUGGAGAGCUCCUUUAGGCCCGUUCUAAUAUGUGGGGACACAGCAAGAAGAAAACCAUCGGAACGAUGAGGUGGAGCCUCACCAAACAGCAAAUCUGGUGCCUUUUUGUUAGACUUUCCGGCUUCCAGAACUGAGACCUAAGUUUCUGUUUAUAAGCCACCUAGUCUGUAGCAUCCUAAACAGACUUAAAAUCUUUUUGAAUCACUA